GGCCGAGGACUACGGGGCCGAGAGGUGGCGCGUGCGCGACGGAAGUGGGUGCGCGUGACGGGGCGCGCCGGAAGCGCCGGCUACGUUGCGGGAAGGGAAGCCCGCCCUGUGGCGGCUGGGCUCGGCUGCUGGGAGGAGGUGGUGAGCUGGUUCGGACGCGGGUCGAGGCUGUAGCGGGAUUCCAGGAAGAUGUUACCGAGUACUUCAGUGAAUUCCUCAGUGCAGGGGAACGGAGUCUUGAAUUCCAGGGAUGCAGCAAGACACACAGCCGGAGCGAAACGCUACAAAUAUCUGAGAAGGCUUUUCCGCUUUCGGCAGAUGGACUUUGAAUUUGCUGCCUGGCAGAUGCUCUACCUGUUCACAUCCCCACAGAGAGUUUACAGAAAUUUUCAUUAUCGAAAACAGACGAAGGACCAGUGGGCCAGAGAUGACCCUGCUUUCUUGGUCCUGUUAAGUAUCUGGCUCUGUGUGUCCACUAUAGGAUUUGGCUUUGUGCUGGACAUGGGAUUCUUUGAGACAAUAAAGCUUCUCCUUUGGGUUGUAUUCAUAGAUUGUGUAGGCGUUGGUCUUCUGAUAGCAACUUUAAUGUGGUUCAUCUCUAACAAGUAUUUAGUGAAACGACAGAGCAGAGACUAUGAUGUGGAAUGGGGCUAUGCUUUUGAUGUGCAUCUCAAUGCUUUUUAUCCACUCCUGGUCAUUUUGCAUUUUAUCCAGCUUUUUUUCAUCAACCAUGUUAUCCUGACAGACACAUUUAUUGGAUAUUUAGUUGGAAACACCUUAUGGUUGGUUGCAGUUGGCUAUUAUAUCUAUGUCACUUUCCUGGGAUACAGUGGUUGUGGGUUACCAGCCGCAGGGUAGAGCGAAGAAAGGUGGGACCCAGAAUCUUGUUACACAGGUCUAUGAACUGAAGUUCUCUAAAGCCUUUGGAGUCAUACUUCUCGCCCCCUUUUUAGUUUUCUUGAUUACCGUAUGGUUCUGUAGAUGAUCACAGAAGAUCGGGCCCAGCAUUUAUUGUCCUCAGGACAUGUUUGCAGAUUUACUCUUAAAUCCUGUUGUCAGUUCAUUUUUCUUAAUAUGAAUGAGGAACAUUAUUUUUCAUUUAUGUUAAGAAAUGAUCUCCAUUAAAUAAAGCCAAAUAAAAUCUAGAGACUGCACUGUAUGUUUCUUAGCCCUUCCUUUCCUGUUACUGUGGAUGGUUAGGGCCUAACUGUAAAUACAGAUGGCUUUGACUGUGCCUGGCUCCAGAGUUGUUCCCAUCCCCAUUCUCUCCCCCUUCGGCUGGUUGGCCAGGGAACACUUAACGCCUUCAUUGUAAUGCUUUGUUUGGGGAGUGCUUUCUCUAGUCCAGGGGAGAUGUUUGUGCCAUUUCUAAUGAAUUUUGAAAGUGUUUUGUGAUGAGAACACUGCAGCACUGUGGUUUCUCUAAGUGGUUAUUUGAACACUGCUCCUAACUCCUAUACCACUUAGAAUAGUUGGAGUACAGCUCAGUUUCUGUUUAAGACCUUCCUGUAUGAGAAAUACUCAGGUCAGGAUGCAUGGGGUAGGCCCGCCAACUAACCAGUGACCAAGAAACAUCAGUAUUUGGAGCCAGAUUUUUUGAGUUUCAGUUCUUUUCUGAAGCCUGGGCUACUAGUUGAGCUCACACCUUCUUCAAGUGAGGGUAUAAUGCUUUACACUGGAAAAUCUCAAAUAGCUAAAAGAUAUUUUCCUGUAUCAUCCAUCUCUGUACUUGAAGUUGGACUCCUAGAGGCUUCUGAGGCAGUCACAAGUUUAAAUUCACCACUGUUUUCAUGAAUAUUUGUGAUAUUUCUCCCUGUUAACCUCUCUUGGUCCAGUGUAUGUCCCACUCAGUCUCUGUGCUGAAAUAAUUCCUCUCCUAGGUUUCUUCCCAGCCCUAGACAAGAAGGAAACAGCACAGAGGGGUUGGGAGGAGUAGUCUAGUUCUGGGUAUAAAUAGCAUAAUCUUACUGAUUCAAAAGAUGGAUUCCCUUCCACCCCACAUGUUGAAGUAAGCUGUC